AUGGUUGAGAAAUUAGAUCUUGAGACGACCAAGCACCCAAAACCAUACCGACUUAGGUGGCUCAACGAUGACACCGAGCUGAGAAUCUCUGAGCAAGUCACCAUACCUUUCAGCGUGGGCAAAUACAAUGACCGAGUGGUGUGUGAUGUUGUCCCCAUGCAAGUGGGCCACUUACUAUUAGGGAGGCCAUGGCAGUUUGACAAAGAAUCGAUGCAUAAUGGUAGAACAAACCAUUACUCGUUCACUCAUGAUAAGAGAAACUUCCAGCUAGCACCACUCUCGCCUAUGGAGGUUCAUGAAAUGCAAAUGCAAUUUGCUAAAGACUCCAAGGUAAGUAGAACUAACUUGUUCAUUACUCCUACUACGGUCUCUAAAGCUUUACAACAUAACACGCCUGUGCUACUAAUGAUCUUUAAAGAAGGAUUGCCUACAGGUUCUCAUGAGUUAGAGCUCCCACCCGAGAUAUCUUCUUUGUUAGACAGGUUCAAAGACGUGUUCCCCGAUGAGAUACCAGCUGGAUUACAGUCUAUAAGGGGAAUAGAGCAUCAGAUUGACCUGGUGCCAGGGGCUGCAUUACCAAACCGUGGAGCUUAUCGCAUGAACCCCACCGAAGGAGUUAGAGAAACAGAUUCAAGACCUCAUGUCUAA